AUGGAAAUCACAGCGUCGGCAAUCGCUACGGAUGUGCUGGUGAUGGUGUUAGGGAUCUUGGGCCUUCUGCUUCUCAUUCUGUGUGCCGGGUCAGAUUGCUGGAGGCAAGACGCCAAAGAUCCCCUUUCUUCUGUGGGCUUGAGCAUUCGGUGCCGGGGCUUGUGGAGCGAGUGUAUAUUUGAUAAUGUGGCCAACCUCUGGACGUGCGAUAUUCCUAUCUCCUAUCUCAGUGAACACCCUGCUGUCCUGGUGGUCACACGGGUCUUGGUCAUCCUCUCUGGCUUUUUGACUCUUGCCGCAAUGCCUCUCUUCAUUGCCGGGAUGAAAUGCACCAAGCUGAUCAGUGACAAGGUCCCUCGGAAAUACAAGUUUUCCUUUGCUUCUGGGGGUUUGUUCUUCCUAGGAGGUCUAGCAGGUGCAAUCGCUGUCCUUUGGUAUGGCAUCGACACUGUGCAGAAGUACAAACUAGAGGUCACCUUCGGCAUUCCCGGCGUGACUUACGAACUUGGCUAUGCCUAUUGGAUGGCUGUAGGGGGCGCUGCUUGUGCCUGUUCUACAGGGAUUCUACUGAUCGUUGCCAGCUCUCUCGAUGCCCAGAGUCCAGGGAAAGAGAAGAAUGCUCGACGUUGCCUUCCUGAUUCCAAAGGCACGUACCUGUAA